UGAAGGAGGAAAACACUGGACUGUUAAUGAAGUCAGAGCUCUGAUACACAUAUGGUCAGACAAAAAUAUCCAGCAACAACUGGAGGGGACAGUGAGAAAUAAAAGAAUAUUUGAACAGGUUGCUGCUAGACUUCAAAAGUUCGGAAUUGACAGGGACUGGAAGCAGUGCAGGACAAAAUAUAAAAAUCUGAAACAUGAAUACAAGAGCAUAAAAAAUGGCCAAGACUCAGGGAGUACAAGUAGAAGCAUGAAAUUUUUUAAUGAACUGGAUGCUAUUCUGGGGCAUGGUACCAUGGAACGAGCAAGUAAAUCAGAUAAUGAGGAAAGUGAGAGGCCUCCAGAGUGGACAGAAGCAAAAUCAGGAAAGGACUCCAUAGAAAUACCUGGAGACACAGGUGAAGAGGACUCUGUUAGUAAUUUGUCUGAAGACCUACAGGUUGCAGAUGUAAAGAAAGUUUCUGAUUCAGAAAUCCUUGAAGAUGAGGAGGACUUCAGCAAUUCCACCCUGGCAGCUCUGGAAGCUACACAAAUAAAGAAGGAGACAAUUGAUAUAGAUGAUGAUUCUAUAAGCUCUACCUCAGAAGACAGAUCAUGUACGCCGCUAGCAAAACAGAUAGUUGGGACAGAUAAUCAUAUCCCCUUGGAAGAAGCACAAAAUCACUUUAAAGUUAUCACAGUUAAUGAUACUGGAGCAGGAAAGCACUGGAGUGACAAUGAAGUCAGAGCUCUGAUAAAUAUAUGGUCAGAUGAAAAGAUACAGCAAAUGCUUGAAGGGGCAACAAGAAAUAAAGAAAUAUUUGAGGAAAUUGCCAGAAGGUUAAUGAAAUGUGGAAUAGACAGAGACUGGAAACAAUGUCGCACCAAGUACAAGAACCUAAAAUAUGAAUAUCGUGCACUGCAGAAAGAAAAUGAACAUCUUGGUAAUCCCAGGAGGAAAAUGAGAUUUUAUGAUGAAGUUGACUGUAUCUUAAGAAGACAGCCUCUAGGUCCAUCAGGCUGGGGAUGUGAAAGUUCAAGCCUCCUGUCAGUUUCAGUGGGAGAUGUUACAGCAAAUGCAGGAUCCUUGGGUAUCAAGAGAAAAACAUGGAAUGAUGAGAUGUCACCCAUUCCACUUAAGAAAAGUGCUUCUGAAAACACCAUAUUCCAGUUUCAAAAACUAUUUACAGAGAGAGUGAACACAGUAGCAGAAGGCAAAAAGUUACUAUUAGAAAGGCUUUGUAAGCAGGAAGAAAUGCAAGACCUCAACAGAACACAGCUGUAUGCACAUCCUUCAGCCAAGCAACAGAAAACAUGUCUGCACGUGCCAUAGAGCAGGAUUUACCUAACAAACAAAUGUGCAAAGGUGGAUCUGCUUUUGUGUAUUCUGCUUUGUGACUACAAAACAUAGCUUAUUUUCUAAAAUUGUUUUAACACUCUUUAUCAUUCUUUUCACAUUUAUUCUCAGUCAGUAGUGGCAUGAGAUCAAAUGUAUAGGGCCAUUUGGCAUCAUCUAAUAUUUUCUUGCUACUCCCACUUACUUGUUACAAUUAACCUGAAUAUAUAGGAAGAUUAGACAGAUAAAUCCAAGUGGUGUAAGGAAAGUCCUUCUUCAUUGCAGCUGUGGUUAUGAUUCAACAUCAUUUUUUGGUUAGAGACAAAAUAACAUGAAUGUUCCACUUAGAAUUCCAGUUGUGUAGAGCUAUGGUCUGUCACCUUUAGACAGCAUCACCAAGGGUAGUGACAAUGGGCCAAAUCAAGUAUCACCAAAAUGAAGGAUUUCUCAAAAAAAGUCCCUUGAAAUUAGCAAUUACUUAGGCCAAUAUUCUCAUCCUUUGAGAGUAUUUUUACAUCCACUUGAGCUUGUGCUGUGGCUCUGCUCUGCUUUAAACUUAUAAUAGUCACACAAUAUGUAGUCUAGGCACACUUACAAACAAGUUGAAUGGAACCUGGGGUACUGACACAUGCUAAAUGUUAGGUGUGAGAGCACUGCAGGAAAACUGAAAGGGCUUGGGAAGUACAGCUGCUUAGAAUCACGCUCUUAGGAACCGCAGUAUGGUUCCUGUUCAGCAGCAUGGCCAGACCAAGUUGUUCACAUAUAACUGCUCUGACAAUCUAAUAUAAACUACUUCAUAGAAAUGAUCCAGUUGAAAAAUCAAAACCAACAUCAAAGAAAUGAUGGGAGUAACAGCAAACCUAUAAAAAAACAGAGAUCUUUGCUCUUCUCCCUUCUCAAAUAUCCAUGCUUUUGCCAGAGGACCAUUCAGAAUAGCAUAAGGACAAAUCCGUUUCUUCCCCGGUUUGCAAAUCACAGAAUGGCCAGGGUUGGAAUGGACCUCAAGGAUCAUGAGUUUCCAACGCC